UAGAUCUCCCAUUGUAAGUAGUAUUACUAAAACAAUACGGUUCCUGAACUAAAUACUAGUUGCUGCUUCUUUUUGUACUGUACGAUAUUAUAUGUAGCCCAAUCUUUUUCUCAAACAUUGGAUUGAUCAAUUUAUACUGUGAAAAAAGCUUACAAUUCCAGCUAUUUGUUUUGUUGUUUUUCUCCUCUUCAUCUUUCUUUCUCUGCAAUCGCAGGCGGCAAAAAGGAAAGGAGAAUUCAACUUAAGGCAAGGAAGGGAUAGGAAAAAUUUUAACCAGAAGGUUACUUUUAUGCUAAGUUAUUGAUUUAAAAUAUUCCCCAUCUUGAGUUAUCGGAAAACAUUUUUUCCUCAUCCUGUGUCGAGCAAGGAUGAGAGAAAACUUUGGGUUUUUAAUUUGUGUGUGGAUUUUGUUAUGGGGGAAUUGCUUGGGGAGGUUUGUGGUGGAGAAGAACAGCUUGAAAGUGACAUCCCCAGAGUCAAUCAAGGGAGUUUAUGAAUGUGCAAUUGGGAAUUUUGGGGUUCCUCAGUAUGGCGGAACCUUGGUCGGUACUGUUGUUUAUCCUAAAGCAAAUCAAGGCGCAUGCAAGAUCUUUGAUGAUUUUGACAUCUCCUUCAAAUCAAAGCCUGGUGGACUCCCUACUUUUCUCCUUGUUGAUCGUGGAGAUUGUUUCUUCACCUUGAAGGCAUGGAAUGCUCAGAAAGCUGGAGCUGCUGCUAUUCUUGUUGCUGAUAACAAGGAUGAGCCGCUGAUUACCAUGGAUACCCCUGAAGAAGAGAACGCUAAUGCUGAAUACCUGCAGAAUAUCACCAUUCCAUCAGCCCUCGUUAGUAAAUCAUUAGGGGACAGUAUCAAGAAGGCCCUAAGUCUUGGGGAAAUGGUUAAUAUGAAUCUUGACUGGACUGAGUCUCUUCCGCAUCCGGAUGAGCGGGUUGAGUAUGAGUUUUGGACAAAUAGCAACGACGAGUGUGGACCAAAGUGUGACAGCCAGAUGGAAUUUGUCAAGAACUUCAAAGGAGCUGCUCAAAUACUUGAGCAGAAAGGGUACACUCAGUUCACCCCACACUAUAUAACCUGGUAUUGCCCUGAAGCUUUUAUUUUGAGCAAACAGUGCAAGUCACAGUGCAUCAAUCAUGGGAGGUACUGUGCUCCAGAUCCUGAGCAAGACUUUAGUAGAGGAUAUGAUGGUAAAGAUGUUGUGGUUCAAAAUCUUCGCCAAGCUUGCCUUUUCAAAGUUGCUAAUGAAAGUGGAAAGCCAUGGCUUUGGUGGGAUUAUGUUACAGACUUUGCUAUCCGCUGCCCAAUGAAAGACGAGAAGUACACCAAAGAGUGUGCAGAUCAUGUUAUCCGGUCUCUUGGAGUUGAUCUCACUAAAAUAGACAAAUGUAUUGGAGACACUGAGGCUGAUGUGGACAACCCAGUUCUUAAAGCUGAACAAGACACACAGAUUGGCAAAGGCUCCCGUGGAGAUGUGACUAUACUGCCAACUCUUGUUAUAAAUAACAGACAGUAUAGAGGGAAGUUGGACAGAGGGGCUGUUCUCAAGGCAAUUUGUGCAGGUUUUCAAGAGACCACAGAGCCAGCAAUUUGUUUAAGUGAAGAUAUAGAAACUAAUGAGUGCUUAGAAAACAAUGGUGGGUGCUGGCAGGACAAGAAUGCUAACAUUACCGCGUGCAGGGAUACCUUCCGGGGAAGAGUGUGUGAAUGCCCAAUAGUUAACGGUGUAAAGUUUUCCGGGGAUGGUUAUACACAUUGUGAAGCUUCUGGGGCUUUGCAUUGUGAAAUCAACAAUGGAGGAUGCUGGAGGAAAACACAAGAUGGGAGGACAUACUCAGCUUGUGUUGAUGAUCAUUCACAUGGUUGCAAGUGCCCACCUGGAUUCAAGGGUGAUGGAGUCAACAGCUGCGAAGAUGUCGAUGAGUGCAAGGAGAAGCUGGCCUGCCAAUGUCCUGAGUGCAAAUGCAAAAAUACCUGGGGCAGUUAUGAGUGCAGCUGUAGUGGUGGAUCACUGUACAUGCGAGAGCAUGACACAUGCAUUGGUAAGCAUGCUAGCACAAGGGUAAGCUGGGGCUAUGUUUGGGCAAUAAUUUUUGGCCUGGUUGCUGCUGGAGCUGCAGGAUAUGCCUUUUACAAAUACAGAAUCCGGAGAUACAUGGAUUCAGAGAUUCGGGCUAUCAUGGCGCAAUACAUGCCAUUGGAUAAUCAACCUAGUAAUGUUCACCAUCCAGAUAUCUAAACGCAGCACAAUCGCAAAGGACUGCUGAGGGCAUAGAGGCAAAGGGAACAUAGUUUCAAAAGCCUUGGGUGCCUGCCUUCCCACAUUUUAUUAGUUACUAUUAUUAGGUGUAAUGUGUUGAGGCAGUUGCUCUACUUAUACAGUGGGAAGUUGGUUUCUCUUCGACUAUGUAAAUUUAAAUUAUAAGGGAUGCAGUAAUGGACAUGGAAAGUUUUCAAUUUGCAGGGCCACAGAUCACAUGUUUUACUUCUUAGCUUUAAAUUCCUUUAGGAUUGGCAUUUAUGCUCGAGUUGCUCCGUCAUUUGGCUUUUCUUUGUGGGAGCAUGUCAUCCUGAACGGUGAAUAGAUGAGUAUACUUUUACUGCUUAAUUAAUCAGAUACUUAGAACCAAUAAAAUUCACACUGGAUGAUUUCAUUGGGAAAUUA